AUAGGGGAGCGUUUCGUGUAGGUCGUCUCCAGAGGCGGAGGCGCCUUCAGCGGCCGCUCGGCAGUGGGGAGCCGGCUGAGCGGGGACUCGGCGGCCGCGGCGGCAGGAGUGGGGUGAGGUCCGUGUACCAGCCGCAGUGGGGCGAGCGCGGGCUCCUGGAGGCCGCGGGGGCCGGGGUUAUUAGAAAUGGCUACUCCCCAGUCAGUUUUCAUCUUUGCAAUCUGCAUUUUAAUGAUAACAGAAUUAAUUUUGGCCUCCAAAAGUUACUAUGAUAUCUUAGGUGUGCCAAAAUCGGCAUCAGAGCGCCAGAUCAAGAAGGCCUUUCACAAGUUGGCCAUGAAGUACCAUCCUGACAAAAAUAAAAGCCCCGAUGCUGAAGCAAAAUUCAGAGAGAUUGCAGAAGCAUAUGAAACACUCUCAGAUGCUAAUAGGCGAAAAGAGUAUGACACGCUUGGACACAGUGCUUUCACUAAUGGUAAAGGACAAAGAGGCAGUGGAAGUUCUUUCGAGCAGUCAUUUAACUUCAAUUUUGAUGACUUAUUCAAAGACUUUGGUUUCUUUGGUCAAAACCAAAACACUCGGUCCAAGAAGCAUUUUGAAAAUCACUUCCAGACACACCAGGAUGGCUCUAGUAGACAAAGGCAUCAUUUCCAAGAGUUUUCUUUUGGAGGUGGACUGUUUGAUGACAUGUUCGAAGAUAUGGAGAAAAUGUUUUCUUUUAGUGGUUUUGACACGACCAGUCGGCACACAGUACAGACUGAAAAUAGGUUCCAUGGAUCUAGCAAGCACUGCAGGACUGUCACCCAGAGAAGAGGAAAUAUGGUGACUACGUACACCGACUGUUCGGGGCAGUAGUUCACGUUCUGUUCUCACUAAACCCAGCUAGUUGACUGUUCUUCAGUAUCUUUGAUGCAAAACAAUUUUCUGUGAACUCUUUUGACAAAUGCAUGAUUUCACUUAACUUGAUAUAGCUAUUAAAUAUAUUUAAAUUGUUUUUGACAAACGAAGCAACAUUCAGUUAGUAGAGAAAUAGUUAAUUAUUAAUUUCCCUGAUUAAGAAAGGUUCUUUAAAAAAAAAAUCUGCCCGGUUUUCUUUUUCUCUAUCUGCCCUUGAGCUUAUUAAUGUGGACAGUUUUAUUACCAAGAAAAGAUCAAAUUUGCCUGAUACAUAUUUAAAGGUUAAACUUUAAAAGUCAUUGUAGAUUUAAAUUGUGUGACCUUGACCGAUUUUUGCCAUGAAACCUUUCUAAUUAAAAUUGCAUGCUCUGUAGCAUCUCUGACUUGGGUUGCUAAGUAUACGUGAAACUGAAUAAUGAGUCAUUCAGUAAAGGAUGGCAGCAGUACGUUGGUUAAUUUCCACCGAAAGCUUCAGAAAGGCAUGGUUUGAUAUUUACCACAGAACCAUGCUUUUCUAGAGUCGAAUUGCAGUAAAGGAAGUGAUUGCUCAUAGUCAUUUAAGCUGAAAGUUGAAAAUUAAUGAAAUAUUGUCAAGAAAUUGUUACAUGUUUGGAUCCUGGCUAAUGAUUUUGUAAUGUUGGAAUCAUAGCUACUUUCUGUAUCUUCACAUUUCUUUCUUUCUUAAUUGUUGGCUCUCUCGGGCUUAAUAUGGAUUUAUGUCUUUUUUGUGUGUGUGGUUCCUCUUUUUUGCACUCAUUAUCUACAGAUUGACUAAUACCUCAUUCUGUUUGUAAGAACAGCCAGUAAUUUCUGCGCAACUUUAUUAUGUGCAAUAUUUUUAAAUCCUAAGAAAUACGUGCUUUUGUUUUCAGAUAGACCUAUUUCUUUAGUUCCGCAUUUUUCCACGUUAUACUCCAUAUGAGUAUUAAUCCUAUGGAUACCUAUUAAAGUAGUUAAUGUCUCAUACAACAUUGUGAGUGAGAGAAAUAUAAUAUUUACAAUAUGA